AUGUCCCUCGAGACCGGCGAGCCACCGAAACUGUACGGCGUCAACUUCCAGCCGCCGGCACCGUUCGACUUCGCGAACCCGCCAACUUGGGCGACAUGGCUCAGCCGCUACGAAGACUACGCAGCGGUCUCGGGACUGACGCAAGCGUCGGAAGACAUGCAGGUACGAUCGCUACUGUACUGCAUGGGCCCGGAGGCCCGCCCGCUUCUCGAGACCUUUUCGCUCGACGCCCAGUCGCUCGGUUCAUACCAAGCCGUUGCCACCCGCUUCACUGAGCACUUCUUGCAUCCGGUAAACGAGCUUUACGAAUCAUCACGGUUCCACAGACGUGUUCAGCUGCCCGACGAAAGCGUCGACACGUACUACGCAGAACUGCGCAGGAUGGUUAAGCGCUGUAACUAUGCGUCUGCUGCUGUCGAGGAAAGGCUCGUACGCGACCGGUUCGUCGUUGGCCUCCGCGACUCCCGUCUCUCGGACCAGCUGUGUCGGAACGCGUUGACACUACAGGACGCCUGGACACAAGCCCGUCACUCCGAAGACGCCGACAGGGAAAAGGCGUUGCCCCAGAACCGCACCGAGCACUCCCGCGAGCUCAACCUCGACGCCGCAAAAGCUAACAAGUUCCCCUCUCGCCGCCGCUCCACCGCUAAGCCUCGUUCACCGCAGUCGCUAGCAGAGCGCUCACGCGAGCCGUCCACAUGUGAAUUCUGCGGCCGCGCACCUCAUCGACGUUCAGACGGCCCGGCCUGUCGCUUCACCUGCAACUUCUGCAAAAAGAAAGGCCACUUUGCCGAAGUAUGCCGCUCGCGGAAGUUCAAGCAGUACAAGCUCAGCUCCGUUCACCUGCACGCCGUCGCGACGCCCGCCUCGGCAAUGUUCGUCGACGUCACCGUUGACGACUACACAGCGCAGUUCAAGGUUGACUCCGGAAACGAAGUAUCUGCUGUUCUCAGCGACUUUCCUACCUUGCCUGCCAAACUCGACAAAGUCGACACUCUGCUCACUGGCCCGGGAGGACAGCCACUGCGCGUGCUGGGCUCGUAUGUGGCACGACUUCAGUGGCAAGGGAAAACAAGCUGUCAGCGCCUCUACGUGAUCCAGUCUCUCACUGUGCCUCUUCUGGGACUGCCAGCGCUCCAAGCCCUCCAUGUAGUUCGGUUUCUUGAUCAACUCAAGACUUCAAAAGCGACGCAGCACGCCGAGCUCUUCAAUGGAUUGGGCACCCUCAAGGACGAUUACAACAUCCGGUUGAAACCCGAUGCCGUAUCUUUCUCGCGAAGCGUACCUCGCAGGAUCCCCAUUCCGCUGCUCGAGAUUGUCCGCCGUGAGCUGCACAAAUUAGAAAACGCAGGCGUGAUCCGUACGGUCGACAAGCAAACACCAUGGGGCUCGGGUCUCGUCGUCGUCCGGAAAGGCGAUGGUUCCUACCGCCUCUGCGUCGACUUAACACAACUCAACAAGGUCGUCCUUCGUGAAAGACAUAUUCUGCCAACUUUCGAGCAAGUCCUUGGCCUCCUCGGCGAUGCAAAAGUUUUUUCGAAGCUGGACGCGACCGCAAGCUUCCACCAGGUGAAGCUCGCUGAAGACUCCCAAGAGCUUACGACAUUCAUCACCCCAUAUGUCCGAUACUGCUUCUGCCGACUCCCCUUUGGCAUCACCUCCGCACCAGUGUACUUCCAAAAGCCGAUGGCAAGAAUCCUGGAGGGCCAAGAAGGAGUCGCCAAUAUGAUAGAUGAUAUUUUGGUUUUUGGACGCACCCGCCAGGAACAUGACGCCAGACUGAGCCAGAUGCUAUCUCGCCUUGGAAAAGCAGGUAUCACGUUGAACCAGGACAAGUGUCGUUUCGGGGUACCCGAGGUCUCCUUCCUCGGAGUUGUCGUCUCAGCACAGGGCAUCAGGCCAGAUCCGGGCGAGGUCGAAGCAGUCAAAGCCAUGGAAGCCCCUACGGACGUCACUGGCGUUAGAAGGCUGCUCGGAAUGGUAAACCAUCUUGCCAGGUUCUUGCCACACAUCUCGGACGUCACAGCUCCCAUCAGAGCUUUACUGAACAAGUCUGCGAGUUGGGUGUGGCAACACGACCAAAAGGCAGCAUUCGGAAACAUCAAGGACGUCAGAUAG